AUGGCCAAAUUGCUCUCUUACAAGGAAAUUGCUGAACACAACUCGCAGGACGACCUAUGGAUGAUCAUCGAUGGUAAGGUGUACGAUUGCACCAAAUUCAUGGAUGAGCAUCCUGGUGGAGAAGAAGUAUUGUUGGAUCUCGGUGGACAAGAUGCCACUGGCCCAUUUGCAGACAUUGGCCAUUCUGACGACGCUGUGAAAAUGUUGGCCGAUCUGUACGUAGGAGACCUCGACAAAGAAAGCGAGCCCGUGCACAAGAAGGAAGUAGAACCAGCGUCUGCCACGACUGGUGGCGAGGGCAGCGGUGUGUUUGUGAUCGCUAUUUUGGCCGUUUUGGCCGCGGUUUUGUUCUACUUCAUGAACCAGGCCUAA